AUGCAGUGCUCUCGGCCAGCUCCGAAGCGCUACUUUCGCUUCGAUCUCACCGUGGGCACUCCACAGGACGUUGCCGACGACUUGGAAGCCCUCUUCAAGGUAGCGGCGCUCAAGGACGUAAGCGUGCACGAAUUGUCCUACCCAUGGACCGACUCCGAGGUGUGGUAUGAUCAGGACGCCUUCUUCCACAUCCACGUUGAGCACUGGCGCUGGUGGAUGAAGUUCCGUCCGGCGUUCUUCGACUGGCAACUGAAUAUUCCAUACCGGUCGCAGCAACUCCUAAACAGUCGUCGAAAGCUCAAGAUGCAGGCUCACAUUGCUCGGAUCAAGUUCCUCAGCAUGUGCAUCGAAACGUGGGGCUAUUUCGGCUUCUUGAGUCAGUUCGAGGCCUGUACUAGCAAUCGCCGACUCAUGUGGAUGGGUGGGCAGCCUGGGCGGAACACAGGAGACGCCAAAUCGUAUUACGGUCCGGUCAUCGAGAACCUCCGCGAGCUGUUGCGGCGUGAUCCUGACGCUUACACGGGGAAGAUGAAGAGCGCUCUCCAACCGUUCCGUCUCGAUGAAGGAGGAUUCACCAAUGUGACUUCACUUUUAGUGAAUCUCGGAGCCCUAGAUCCGAACAAUCCCAAGAAGGAACAUCGGUUGAGCGAUCGAGCUCUAGCUCGAGUCCUUCAUGACAUCAUCUCGCGCCGUAAGGGUCAGUCGUGGUGGUUCGGAGUAGGAUGGCCCUGGGAUAGUCUUCGAAACUGUGCCAGAAUUGUCCAGCGUGAAGUGAAAGAGGCAAAAGCCUUGCGCGAAGGCACGUACCGGGAGCCCACAGCUCCAGCCUACGAUGAACGCGAAUUACAACGUACGGGUUGGAACCACUUCAUGUUUUCGGACGCUACUUUCGCGGCGAGAGGGCCAGGUGAGGUCCGAACAUCCAGUGUAGGUGAGGACGAAACCGAAGAGAAACCACCGGCUACAGCGGCGUCUACGAGCGAGGCCACUCCUGUCUCCGCAGAGGACGAGCCUCCUACAUCUUCCGCAACUAAUAGGGAGCCCCCCAGCCAGCCUAUCAAACGGUCGACGUCCUCUCCGAAGCAUUCCUCGGCUCCUUCACGCGCUACUCGUUCGCUGUCGCCAAUUCCACGGACGGGGUCAGUAACCGUGUCUACUUCGAGUUCUAUCGCCAGGGCUCGACGUUCGGCUUCCGUAGCUCAGCGUUCUGGAGCCCGUCGUUCUUCGCUAGUAGGUCAGAGGCGAUCUCGCAGUCCGACACCAGAGUUAUCGCCGCCCGCUAAACGCACGCGUUCAAAAGGUCGGGCUGACGGGGACGUGCCGAAGUCGAAGAAGUAA